GGUAGAAAGACCAGAGAAGAUGGCGACCACCGAGCCGGCGGCGGUGAGGCUGGUGGGCUCCUUCGCCAGCCCGUUCGUCCACCGCGCCGAGGUGGCCCUGCGCCUCAAAGGGGUGCCCUACGAGCUCAUCCUGGAGGACCUGGCCAACAAGAGCGAGCUGCUGCUGGCACACAACCCCGUGCACAAACUCGUGCCCGUGCUCCUCCACGGCGACAGGGCCAUCUCCGAGUCGCUCGUCAUCCUCGAGUACGUCGACGAGGCCUUCGACGGGCCGCCUCUCCUCCCCGCGGAACCCCACGCGAGGGCGGACGCGCGGUUCUGGGCCCACUUCAUCGACCAAAAGUUCGCGCGGCCGUUCUGGAUGUCGUUCUGGACGGACGACGAGGAGCGCAGGGAGGCUAUGGCGAAGGAGGCCAAGGAGAACCUGGCUCUGCUCGAGGCGCAGCUCAGGGGGCAGAGGUUCUUCGGCGGCGAGGCCAUCGGCUUCGUCGACAUCGCCGCCUGUGCGCUGGCGCACUGGGUCGGGGUCAUCGAGGAGGCCGCCGGGGUGGUCCUCGUCGGCGGCGAGGAGUUCCCAGCGCUCCGCGAGUGGGCCGACGCCUACAUCAACGACGCCACCGUGAAGGCGUGAAGCAGUGCUUGAGGAGCCGCGACGAGCUCGUCGAUUACUUCUCCUCCAGGAAGGAGAUGUACUUGCUGCGAGCGAGGGCCACUCCGCGCAGCUGAUCUGGACCCAUGUUUCCUUCCGUUCGCAAUAAGCCAAUAAUAAAGACUAGUUUGGU